UAACUCUUAAGAUGCAAGGUUUUUGAAACUGAAACCAUACAAAACUUGGGAGAUUUACAGGGCAUUAACAUUUAUGUGUAAAUCAAGUUGAAAUUCACUGUAUGGUUAUCAAGACUCAUCGAGCUGGAAAACCUACUUGAUUAUGGCAAUAUUCGGAAGAGAUGUCUUUGAUUUUUGUUUGUAUUUCAUUCUUACCAUUUCAGUGCUGGAUGCCAGUGUACAAACUGUAAAUACACCACGCUCAAAUGGUUCUGAAAGGUUGAAUUGGGAUAAUGCAGUCAUUUUCAAGCAGACUAAUGCUUUGUUAAAUCUGGAAGCGAAGAUGAAAGCACUGGAAGAGAGGAUGGAACAACUAGAGGAACAGAGUAGACAAGGAAAAGAUAAGAAAUGUGUUUGUGAACAUAGGAAAGAGAAAGUUGAAUUACAGAUGUUGGAGAAUGGAAUUCAGCGUAAACCAGGUGUAUUUAAGCGGGUAAGAAAGAGCAGUGGUGGUCAGAAUGAAAGUCAGAGUGUCAACGCCGAAAUUAAUGGGAGGACAAGUUUGUGUGCGUUUUCCAGCAUCUUAAGUAGGGACAGAGGGGGUACAGGCCAUUCGCAGACCAUUGUCUUUGAUAGCGUGAUCACAAACACACACAAUGCCUACAAUGGACAUACGGGUAUCUUCACAUCUCCAUCCAAUGGCGUCUUUGCUUUCUCGUGGACAAUGAAUUCUGCAGGAAUAGGGCACUUUGAAUUCAUGCAUAACUCGGAAAUCAAAACUACAACAACUUCUGAGUCUGUUGGACCGCCUCAUGUAGAGAGAGGGAGUGUAUCCACGACUAUAGUUUUAGAACUACAUAAAAAUGAUGUUGUUUUCGUUCGAACGCAUCAUGCACGGGGUCAAGGGACAUUUAUUGUCAGCAAUUCCCUUAUGCAAUCAAGUUUUUCUGGUUGGCAAGUUUAUUAAAACAUUUUUUUUAAUUUGAACGUGAAAAAAUAUCCAUCAUGCAAAAUA